CAGGGGCGGACUGACAACUCAUGGGGCCCCCGGGAAAUAGGGGAUCAUGGGGCCCCUGUGUCCUUGCCCAAACUCAAAAAAGCUAUGAAAAAGGUACCAGGGGCAUCUCAUGGGGCCCCUACUGACCCGGGCCCUCGGGCAGUGCCCGAGUUUCCAAAUGGUCAGUCCGCCCCUGUGUACUAAUGACACUCACUGGGAAGGGAGGACUAAGUGGUGGCUGUUCCAUGUUUACAGAUUAUAAUGAAAUGUAACCUUUCAAUCUGCUACAAAUGUAUCAGCACAGAUAGAUUUUUAUUUUAUUUUAUAAUGCAUUUAGC